AUGCCUCUGUCGAACCCCCCACAGACCGCAGACGUCAUCCGCCCAGUGCUCGCCCGCUCCGCAAGCAACUACCCCAACGAUUUUCCCUCGUCCCCCCUCGCUGCGACGUCGGUCCAAAAUGACAGCAAGCUCGUAGAUGCUGUUCUCGAGCUCGCGGAUGGCACCACCGUCCGCGGCAUCAGCUUCGGCGCUGAGGCGAAGAGCGUCUCCGGAGAGUGCGUCUUCCAGACCGGUAUGGUCGGCUAUACGGAGUCUCUCACCGACCCGUCUUACGAGGGUCAGAUUCUAAUCCUCACAUACCCUCUCAUCGGAAACUACGGUGUCCCUCCCCGCCCGAAAGAGGUAUCCCUCGAUGACAUUCCCCACGAGUUCGAGUCAUCGCGCAUUCACAUAGCUGGACUCGUCGUGGGCUCGUACUCGGAGGACUACAGCCACUUCCUCGCUGGUUCCUCGCUGGGCCAAUGGCUGAAGGAGAGCGGGGUGCCAGCCAUCUUUGGCGUCGACACUCGCGCGCUCACCAAAAAGAUCCGGGAGAAGGGGUCAAUGCUGGGAAAGAUCCUGGCCCGCGCGAGCGAUGCGCCCAUUGGGCGGCGCGCAUCACUGCUGCCGGCCUCUACCCCUGCUUCCAGGGCACCUUCUCCGCCGGGCGCCCUGAAGAACGCCUCCUGGCGCGAGGACUACAUGGAUCUUCCGUUCCGGGAUCCGAAUCAGGACAACCUGGUCGCGGUUGUUUCGACCAAGGUCCCGCGCGUCUACAAGCCUGUAGUCGCGCCGAAAAUGCAUCCCUCGGGGGCGCGCCCUCUGCGCGUGAUAGCCGUGGACGUCGGCAUGAAGUACAACCAGAUACGCUGCUUCACGCAUCGCGGCGUCGAGCUGAAGGUCGUACCAUGGGACUACGACUACCUUGCCAGCACCGAGGAGCCGUUUGACGGCCUCUUCGUCUCCAACGGUCCCGGUGACCCUACUAUGGUCAAGCCGACCAUCGAACGCCUGGCGCGCGCUAUGAAGAAGACAGACCGUCCCAUCUUCGGUAUCUGUCUAGGACACCAGCUGCUCGCGCUAGCGGCAGGCGCCAAAACUUCGAAGAUGAAGUACGGUAACCGCGGACACAACAUUCCUUGCACGGACGCGCUCAGUGGCCGAUGCUACAUCACCAGUCAGAACCACGGUUACCAGGUAGAAGAGGCUUCGCUGCCAGAGGGCUGGAAGGAGCUCUUUCAGAACGCCAACGACAGCAGCAACGAGGGCAUAUACAGUGUCGACAAGCCCUUCUUCUCCGUUCAGUUCCAUCCAGAGUCCACGCCGGGUCCGCGCGAUACCGAGUUCCUAUUCGACGUGUUCAUUCAGAACAUCCUCGACUGCGCCAAGACCGGAACACAGGUCCCCAUCUCCAUGCCCGGUGGCACGAAGGAGGAGAACGAGCAGCGCGUACCUCACGCGAACGUGCAGAAGGUGCUCAUCCUCGGCUCAGGCGGUCUCUCCAUCGGCCAGGCGGGCGAGUUCGACUACUCCGGCUCGCAGGCGAUCAAGGCGCUCAAGGAGGAGGGUAUCUAUACCAUCCUCGUGAACCCGAACAUUGCGACGAUUGCGACGUCGCGUGGACUCGCCGACAAGGUCUACUUCCUCCCCGUUACGCCCGAGUUCGUGCGCAAGAUCAUCAAGUACGAAAAGCCAGACGGCAUCUACGUCACUUUCGGAGGGCAAACCGCGCUCAACGUCGGCAUCAAGCUCAAGGACGAGUUUGAGAGCCUCGGGUGCAAGGUUCUCGGCACCCCCAUCGACACGAUCAUUAUGACGGAGGAUCGCCAGAUGUUCGCGACCGCGAUGGAGGAGAUUGGGGAGCGCUGCGCGCAGAGCAACACCGCGACGACCACUGAAGAGGCUGUCGCGGCCGCGAACGUCAUUGGUUACCCCGUCAUCGUUCGCGCGGCGUACGCGCUUGGUGGCCUUGGAUCGGGCUUCGCGCAGAAUGAGCAACAACUGCAGGCGCUGUGCACGAAGGCGUUCGCAACGAGCCCGCAGGUGCUUGUUGAGAAGAGCAUGAAGGGCUGGAAGGAGAUCGAGUACGAGGUCGUGCGCGAUUGCCGCGACAACUGUAUCACCGUCUGCAACAUGGAGAAUUUCGAUCCGCUCGGUAUCCACACCGGAGACUCGAUCGUCGUCGCGCCGUCGCAGACGCUUUCGGACACAGACUACAACAUGCUGCGUACUACGGCGAUCAACGUUAUUCGUCACCUUGGUGUCAUCGGCGAGUGCAACAUCCAGUAUGCGCUCAACCCCACCUCGAAGGAGUACUGCAUCAUCGAGGUCAAUGCUCGUCUGUCACGUUCGUCUGCGCUCGCCUCCAAGGCGACUGGCUACCCGCUCGCAUUCAUCGCCGCGAAGCUCGGUCUAGGGAUCCCGCUUAACGAGAUCAAGAACUCGGUGACGAAGGUCACGUCGGCUUGCUUCGAGCCGAGCUUGGACUACGUCGUCGUGAAGAUCCCGCGCUGGGACCUCAAGAAGUUCAGCCGUGUCAGCCGGCUCCUCAGCAGCAGCAUGAAGAGUGUUGGCGAGGUCAUGAGCAUCGGUCGCUCAUUCCAAGAGACGAUCCAGAAGGCUAUCCGCGCUAUCGACGACCAGUUCUCCGGAUUUUCCAAGAACGACUAUGUCGAGGACAUCGACGAGGAGCUCAUGAACCCGACCGACAAGCGCAUCUUCGCAAUCAACACCGCGUUCCACCGUGGGUAUAGCGUCGACAAGAUCUGGCAGAUGACGAACAUCGACAAGUGGUUCUUGACCAAGCUCGAGUCGAUCUUCAAGAUGGAGCAGCGUCUCUCCGAUAUCAAUAUUGCCUCCAUUGACACUGAGCUCCUGCGUCAGGCCAAGCAGCUCGGGUUCUCGGACCGCGAGAUCGCAACAUGCAUGGGUUCUACCGAGCUUGCCGUUCGUCGCUUGCGCCAGGAGAGUGGCGUCGCUCCCUUCGUCAAGCAGAUCGACACCGUCGCUGCCGAGUUCCCGGCGUUCACCAACUACCUCUACACGACCUACAACGCUAUCGAGCACGACAUCACCUUCGAAGAGCACGGUGUCAUCGUCCUGGGCUCUGGCGUGUACCGCAUCGGCUCCUCGGUGGAGUUCGAUUGGUGCGCCGUUCGUGCUAUCCGGACGCUGCGUGACCAGGGCCUCCAGACGGUCAUGAUCAACUACAACCCGGAGACCGUCAGCACGGACUACGACGAAGCGGACCGUCUGUACUUCGAGAACAUCAGCCUUGAGACGGUGCUCGACAUCUACGAUGCCGAGGGCUCCCGCGGCGUCAUCCUCUCCAUGGGUGGACAGACGCCGAACAACAUCGCGCUCCCGCUGUACCGCCAGAAUGUCAAGAUCUACGGGACGUCGCCGGAGAUGAUCGACACUGCGGAGAACAGGUUCAAGUUCUCCCGUUUGCUGGACGAUAUCGGUGUCGACCAGCCGCUUUGGAAGGAGCUGUCGAGCUUCGACGAGGCACACAACUUCUGCGAAAAGGUCGGCUACCCGGUGCUCGUCCGUCCGUCGUACGUGCUGUCCGGCGCGGCGAUGAACGUUGUCUUCAGCGAGAACGACCUGAAUAGUUAUCUUUCGCAAGCCACCGCCGUCUCCCGGGAGCACCCGGUCGUCAUCACGAAGUACAUUGAAGGCGCGAAGGAGAUCGAGAUGGACGCGGUCGCGAAGGACGGCAAGAUGGUCAUGCACUACAUCUCAGAGCACGUCGAGAACGCCGGUGUGCACUCGGGCGAUGCGACGCUCAUUCACCCGCCCCAGGACCUCGACCCGGAGACGGUCCGCCGGAUCGAGGACGCGACCGCGAAGAUCGGCAACGCGCUCAACGUGACUGGCCCGUACAACAUCCAGUUCAUCGCGAAGAAUAACGAGAUCAAGGUCAUUGAGUGCAACCUGCGCGCUGCGCGCUCGUUCCCCUUCGUGUCGAAGGUCACCGGGAUCGACGCCAUCGAGCUGGCGACGAAGGUGAUGCUCAACCUUCCGUUCGAGCCGUACCCGCACGUCCCGCUUCCUCCGGAUUAUGUCGGCGUCAAGGUCGCGCAGUUCAGCUUCAGCCGCCUCUCGGGCGCUGACCCCGUUCUUGGCGUCGAGAUGGCGUCGACUGGUGAAGUGGCGUGCUUCGGGAAGGACAAGUACGAGGCGUACGUCAAGGCGCUCAUCUCGACGGGCAUCGACCUGCCGAAGAAGAACAUCCUGUUCUCAAUUGGUGGGUACAAGGAGAAGCUCGAGAUUCUGCCUUCUGUUCAGCGGCUGCGCGCCACUGGGUACAACAUCUUCGGUACCUCGGGAACGGCGGACUUCUUCACCGAGCACGGUGUACCCUGCAAAUAUCUGGAAAUUCUUGGCGAGGGCAGCGACCAGAAGUCCGAGUACUCGUUGACUCAGCACUUGGCGAACAACCUCAUCGACAUGUACAUCAACCUUCCGUCGAAGAACCACUACCGCCGCCCUGCCAGCUAUGCCAGCAAGGGCUACCGCACUCGCCGUAUGGCCGUUGACUUCGCGGUUCCACUUAUCACCAACGUCAAGAUCGCGAAGAUCCUCUUCGAGGCGUUGAUCCGCAAGUUGCCCCUUGAUGUGUCCCCCGUGGAUUUCAAGACGUCGCACGACACUCAUACCUUCCCUGGUCUUGUCAACAUCGCCACCUAUGUGCCCGACCUCACCUUCGCUGGUGAGGACGUCGUGAGCGCGACGAAGGCGUCAAUCAGCGGCGGUUUCGUUACUGCUCUCAUCCUCCCGGUCGGUCUUCAGAGCAAGUUGACCGACAGGGCGUCCCUGGACAAGGCAGCAAGCAACAUUGCCGGACGGGCGUACUGCAACUACGCCUUGAGUAUCACUGCGGCCGGCUCCAACGUGAAGGCCUUCGACGAAGAGCUUGAAGCGGACGUCAAGUCCCUCUUCGUUCCGUUCCGUUAUGGCGAUGCGGACACUCCUAUUCUUGCCGCUGCUGCGCACUUCGCGUCUUGGCCAACGGAAAAGCCCAUCGUGACCGACGCCCGCGGCGCGAACCUCGCACCCAUCCUGCUCCUCGCCGACCUCCAUAACAGCUCUCUCCACGUCACCAACGUGCAGACGAAGGAGGAUAUGCUGUUCAUCUCGCUCAGCAAGGCCAAGCAGCUCAAGGUCACCUGCGACGUGACCGUGUAUGCCCUAUUCUUCAACAAGGAGCAGUUCCCUGGCGUUACUUGCUUGCCCUCUGCGGAAGACCAGAAGUAUCUGUGGGACAACCUCGACCAGGUCGACGUCUUCUCCGUAGGACGCGUUCCUUACGAGCUCGCAACUCAGCUUGGGAAGGAGGCGUCAGCUGCUUCAGGUAUCGAGGAGACCCUUCCUCUGCUCCUUGGCGCCGUUGCCGCAGGACGCUUGACUUUGGAGGACAUUCAUCGUCGCCUCCACGACAACCCGCUGCGCAUCUUCUCCCUUCCAGAACAAUCGCAUGCGGACGUCGAGAUCGUCGUCGGCCGCAAACACCAGUUCCGGAAGCGGGAACACUCCUGGUCUCCGCUGGAGGGCACCGUCGUCAAUGGCGCCGUUCAUCGCGUCCAGGUGCAUGAGCAAACUGCCUGCCUUGACGGCGUUCUCUCAGGCCCCCCUCUUGGCAAGGACCUUUCGAGUACCACUCUCAACCAUCCGCCGGCUGAGAGGCGGGGGUCGAUCUCUGGUGGUCGGCCUGAAGUUCCGGUUCCCAGUGGCAAAAUCCCUGUCGACGCUCCUUCCCACGCACCCCUCCCUCCCACCACUACUGCCUCUUCGACGUCGCUCGUACCCAUCCAGGGACCAGUCACCAGUACUCAAGUGUUCUCCCACCUCCUUCCUCACCCUGCCUUCAACCGCCGUCAUAUCCUCACGGUCAAGCAGUUGAGCCACCGCGACGUUCACGAUCUCUUCACGCUCGCGCAUGAAAUGCAGUUGCAGGUCGAGCGUAACGGCACCCUUGACAUCCUCAAGGGCAAGGUGCUUGCCACCCUCUUCUAUGAGCCUUCAACCCGGACGUCUUCGUCCUUCGACACUGCGAUGAAGAGGUGCGGAGGUGAGGUCGUCAACGUUCACGUCGACUCCUCUUCCGUUCAGAAAGGAGAGACAUUGCCGGACACUAUCCGCACGCUUGGUUGCUACGCGGAUGCGAUCGUCAUUCGCCACCCUGAGGUUGGAAGCUCCCAACUCGCCGCCAAAUUCUCGCCGGUGCCCAUUUUGAACGCUGGUGAUGGCAUUGGAGAACAUCCCUCACAGGCCCUGCUUGACGUCUACACCAUACGUUCCGAGCUCGGAACGGUGAACGGGCGGACGAUCACCAUGCUCGGUGACCUCAAAAACGGCCGCACAGUCCACAGCCUCGUCACUCUGCUGUCUCUGUACUCUGUGCGCCUCAACUUCGUCUCGCCACCGUCGCUCGCGAUGCCGGCGAGCGUCGUCUCUGCCGCUCGCAAGGCCGGCAUUUCUGUCUACCAGUGCGAGUCCCUCGAGGAGGUCUUGGCAGAGACGGAUGUCUUGUACGUCACCCGCAUGCAGAAGGAGCGUUUCAAGGACGAAUCCGAGUGGCUGGCGGUCAAGGAUGCCUACCGCGUAGACCACGCGGUCCUGUCGCGUGCGAAGGAAGAGAUGAUCGUCAUGCAUCCUCUUCCUCGUGUCAACGAAAUCGACCCUGAUGUUGACUUCGACUCGCGCCGUGCUGUCUACUUCCGGCAAAUGCGCUAUGGGCUCUUCAUCCGUAUGGCUCUCUUGGCUAGUGUGAUGGGUUGAGUUGCAGUAGAGAAAAGCAACGGAUACAUAUCCACCUUGGACUCGUGAAGUAUCUAAUACGGACCUAGGAAAAGCCAUAGAUACAUAGAUGUAAGAUUGAGAAAGAGAAGUCAUAAAUUGUAUC